UCUUUUUCAUGCAGACUUUCCUAAGGUCACCCAGGUAUGCAUGAUGUUGAAAUAUCAGGUAGAUGCUGCCACACAAUUGGCCAUACAGUGCUUAAGGUCAAGAUCAAUAUAAUCCACAAGUUAUGCAUGCCUGGUGUAUAUCAGAGCUAUUUCUGGCACCAGUGUGGUUCAAAUGGCUUUAAAGCAAUGUUAGCAUCCAGUGCAAACUUCAAUUGAGAAUGUUGUUUUGUGCUACAUGUACAAGAAGUUGGACAGUUGUGCAAGUUAUGAUGAAGACAAGACUGUGAAUCAAUCAAAUGAUGUAAUGAUAACACCAUAACUGAGCAUGUGAAUGCAUGCAAACAAUGUCAACUUGCAGAUUACUGUGCAAGAACACUGAGAAGCAGCCAAAAUGAACACUGAUGCACUGGAACAAUGGUGCUUUGAAGAUCAAACUAUAGGUCUCAACUAAGGAACCAUGGAGCUUCUCAGAAUCCAUUUCCGGGGAUCACCUCAACAUAGACGUGACAUUCGAUUGAACUCAGAUGAGGUGGUGGUGGGCCGCUCGGCGGAGGCCACCUGCUGCAUCCCGGAUCCGCUCAUCUCGCGGCAGCACGUGCGCCUCGUGCGCCAGCUGGACACCUGGACCGUCACGGAUCUGAGCAUGAACGGCGUGCUGGUGAACGGCGCGCGCCUGGUGCGGGGCGAGCCGAGCCCGCUGCGGCCGGGGGACGAACUCCAGCUGGACCCGGCCGGCCAGUACCGGUACCGGGUCGCCGAGGACGACCUCUUGCCGCCGCCCGUCAAACGCGCGCUCGCCACUGCUGAGCAUCAGCGAAGGGUGCGAGAAGAAAAGGAAAGGCUAGAAGCAAAGCUCAGAGAAGAAAACGAGCAGCAGCUUCAAAAAAUGCAAGAAGAGAAGGAGAGGCUAGAGGCGAAGCUCAAGGAGGAAAAGGAUCAGCUGGAAGCGCGGCUGCGGCAGGUGCAGGAGGAGCUGCGGGGUCAGCAGGAGCAAGCCGAGCGGGAGCGGGAGCUGGCAGAGCGGGCGGCCCAGGAACGGGAGGAGUACGCCACGAGCAUGGCAUCAUUGAAAGAAGAAAUGGAAAAGAAGGAACGUGAAAUGGAGGAUGAAAAGAGGGCGCGCGAGGAGCGUCUGCGGCUGCAGCUGCAGGAGCAGGAGGCGGCGCUGAAGGCGCAGCUGUCCGCCGAGGUCAGCCGACUCCAGCAGGAGCGCGACGCCAUCGAACACCAGCUCAAAGAGGAGCUGGUGGCCACUAACAAGGAGCGUCAGCAGACGGCGGCCGACAUGCAGGCCCGCUGCGCCGCCAUCGAGACCCAGCUGGGCGCGCUCGACGCCAAGCGUGAGCUGCUCGAGACCCAGCUAGCCGCGACGGAGCGCGAGAAGGAGGCGGCCUGCGGCCAGCAGUUGGCCGCCCGCCAAUCGGUGCUGGACGGCUUCGACCAGCUCAUGGACGCCGAGCUCACCUGCAGUGUCUGCUCUGAGCUCUUCUUCAACGCGCUCACGCUGAACUGUACGCACACGUUUUGCGCGUCGUGUAUCAACGAGUGGACCAAGCAUCGCCCCAGCUGCCCUAUCUGCCGCGAGCCAGUGACGUCACGUACGCGCAGUCUCGUGCUGGACAACUUCAUCGACGGCAUGGUGGCGCGCCUGGGCGGCCAGGCGGCCGAGCACCGCGCCACCGUGCGCCGCGAGCCGGGCUGGCAGAGCCUACUACCUGCAGCACAGGCAGUGAGUUUGGGCCCUGGCCUGGUCGGCGGACGGGCCAGUCCUGACGGCUCGCGGCACCCGGAGCGCGACUGGGAGACGGCCAGCGAGCGCUCCGCCGCCGCCAGCCGGACCGACGCCAACUCCGACUCCGACCGCGACUCGGACUCGGCAGACUCGCGCUCGCGGCGUGACUCCGGGUCAGCCGCCGGCGGUGGAGAUCGCUCGAACUCGGACGCGACGACGCACGACCCCAGCUCUGACUCGGCGGAGUCGCACAGCCGCAGUGACUCCGAGUCGAGCGGCGGCGGUCGGGACUCGGACGAGCGGGAUGGCGGCACCUCGGCCGACAGCGGCACAGUUCGGGGCUCGAACUCGAACGACGAAGGCGGUCGCGGCGCUGCCAGCGACCUGGGCACAGAGGACGGCGCCAGUUCGCAAUCGGCCGACACGGCCAGCGAGAACGACAGUGAUUUCAGCUUCACCACGUGGACGCACGAUCGACGCUGGAGCGACUCGGGCGACUCGGGCGACGCCUCCGUGGACGGCACCGGCGCCUACUACGGCGGCUACGGUCGCUGCUACGUGUGCGGCCGGCGCGGCCACUGGGCGCCAGGCUGCCCGUUUCGCUGA